CCCAAGGUCACUCCCACCCCGCAGCUCCCUCUGCGCUCACACCGCCGCCUCUCUCCCUCCGCAUCCUCCGGCCCUUGGCGAGCAUCCCCCCCUCCCACCUCCGCCCUACAAGAGCCCGCUCCCUCCUCCUUCUCUCCCAUUGAGCUCCGGCGGCGUCGGGCCGAGAGCUGCGGGCCCCCCCUCCCGCACCCCAACCCUCGGAGGGAGGGGAGGGAGCGCGGAGGGAGCGCGGAGAGGGGCGGGAGCGGCCGCGCGGAGGCGCAGAGCGGCCCCGCAUCUCCGCAGCCCCGAAGCCCGGCAACAAAGAGCGCAGCGCUCCGCUCCUCCCCGGGAUGUAGGGCCCUCCGUGCCCCGCUCCCGGCCCCGCAGCCCUCCAUGCCCCCGAGCUGAGCCCGUUCCGCAUCGCCAUGGGGAAAUCCAACAGCAAGUUGAAGCCUGAAGUUGUGGAGGAGCUGACCAGGAAAACGUACUUUACAGAGAAGGAGGUGCAGCAGUGGUAUAAGGGCUUUAUCAAGGACUGCCCCAGCGGGCAGCUGGAUGCUGCCGGCUUCCAGAAGAUCUACAAGCAGUUCUUCCCCUUUGGUGACCCAACCAAAUUCGCCACCUUCGUAUUCAAUGUCUUUGAUGAGAACAAGGAUGGGAGGAUCGAGUUCUCAGAGUUCAUCCAGGCUCUGUCUGUCACCUCCCGGGGGACGUUGGACGAGAAGCUGAGGUGGGCGUUUAAGCUGUAUGAUUUGGACAACGACGGCUACAUCACGAGGAACGAGAUGCUGGACAUUGUGGAUGCCAUCUACCAGAUGGUGGGAAACACUGUGGAGCUUCCCGAGGAGGAAAACACACCGGAGAAGAGGGUGGAUCGGAUUUUUGCCAUGAUGGACAAGAAUGCAGAUGGGAAGCUGACGCUGCAGGAGUUUCAGGAGGGCUCCAAGGCCGACCCCUCCAUCGUGCAAGCCCUCUCCCUCUAUGAUGGGCUCGUAUAGUCCCAGGGCCGAGCGGCGCUUAUGGGGAAGACGCUCUCUGUGCCAUCCGACCACGCAGCGAUGCUUGCCUGCCCCUCUCCGGCCCUCCUCCAUAUCCCACGAGCCAAGGAUGCAGCGCAGCGCCAGCUCACGCCCCGAACCAACGCCGGUGCCAUUUGCCACCUUCUGCUUCUUUUUUUCCAACAAAAACCACCCAAAAAAAGACCACGGUCUGAGCAGCAGCCAACACCCAAAACUUGGGGGCUGAGGGAAUGGGUCAGAGUGGCACCCAAGGCUGAGACCCCCCCCCCGGCCCUGAGCCCCCCUGCUCCUCAUUCCUACGGUCUGGGGUCGGACUGCGGAUGCGCCUCUCCGGGAUGCAGCUGGGGAUGGAGCCCACAGGGGCUAUAGGGAUAUAUAUUAUAUUAUUAUUAUUAUUAUUAUUAUUUUGGUGAGACAGUAUUGUGCUUUUUUCUUUUUUCUUUUUUUUUUUUUGGUCCAUUCAGUGGAAAGAAGUGAGGCUUUUUUUUUUUUAACACGACGGAUACCUUUAUUUAUUUGUUGUAACCGUUGCUGCCGCGUUUCGUCUCCCAUGUCUGUGUGUCCCACACCCCACUGAUGGCGUCUGUCACGUUUACAUCCCCACACAUGACUGUGGGGCACCGGGAGCCUGCAAUAACCAAGCCAAAAAUCCCCUCCACCCGCUGUAUGCCGUGCGCUGGAUGGGGCUCUGUUCUUUUACUUCUUCCCCUCUCCCUGUAGCCCCGUUCCUGUGUUUCUCUCUCUCCUUUUCCCCUCUCCUGCCCAACCAGGGUUGCUCAGCCCCAUCCCUCUGCUCUGUUCCCAUUCCUUUCCCCAGCCUCUCUCCCCAUCGGGUGAGGUGAGGAGGCAGCCGGUGCUGGAGCACUUUCCUUUGUGUCUUUUUCAUACUGCAUGAAAAGUAUUAAUGGAGCCAAGCGUUGGGUUUUGCUUUCAAGCCAAUUCCCUUGUUGGUGUUUUUGGGAACGGUGGGAAGGUGCAUUUCCUCCAUUGGCGGAGCAGGGGCAGCUUUGAAGGGCAGUGGGUUGGGGCCACCCCAUUGCUUCCUAUUGAGGUUGCGCUGGAAACAAGAGUGGAGCUGGUGUGCACCCACACUCCUCCCUACAGGAAGGCGAAGGGCUGGAGGAGGGCACCCACCUGCAUGGGACACCCCACAGCAUCAGUUGCCAUCCCUGCUGGUUCCAUCCAUCUCUGAGGGAGGAGAGAUCUGUCCUGCUGCAUUUUGCUCCUGGCCCAGCACUACCCCCACCCCCUUCAUCCAUCCCAGGCACCGUUGAUGGUGGCAGCAGUUGGUGAUGCUCACACAGCUCUCAGCCAUGGAGAUGUCCCCAGGAGGUGACAGAUGGACACAGGAUGUUCUGAGGGGUGUCCCCACCGUGCAUAAGAUGGCAGCAAUGUCCCUAUGGGGCUGAAUCUUACAUUCACCAUCACGAUGGCCUGGAGCUGUGGGGCUGUGGAUGCUUUCUCUGCCCUGCUGACACUUGGGAUCCUGCACCUUUGGGAAGCCAACAGCUCCUAAUGCUUUCACACACCCUUAUAGAGACACUUCUCCCCAUCCCCAAAGAGACAUCACGUCUGCUGCCACCAGGAGCCACCAGGAUGGUUCUACUCCAGUGUCUCAGUGCUGGGUGUGCUGCAAAGCAUCACUCUCUUCUCCCCCCAAAACCUGUUUCCUUGAUGCUUUGUGGCCAAAACAUGUCUCUGUUGGGUAGAUCUUUGCAGUGCCUCAAACUCCAUCACCUCCCAUCUGCAGGACGGGUGCCCUCCUGGUGCCAGGCAUUGCUCUGAUGGCACCACUGGAUCUGCACAAGGACACAAUGGGUGCCCCAUUAGAAGUAACACCAGAAAGAUGCAGAUGUUUGCUCUGGCACUUUCCCCUGGAAAGCUUUGGGUUUCUUUUCUCCCUGUUGUGCAUUUCUUCCCAUGGGGUUCCACACCUUGGAUGCACCGAGGGGCCCCAAAUCCUCUGUCAGCAGCUCUGAGACCCACAACUCCUGGUGCCAAUGGAAGAAUGGCUUGAAGCUUCUCACGCUCGGGAAUGUCGGCCUUCACCUCCUCACGUGCCUCAGUUUCCCCAUCGGUGACCGCAGUGUCCUCCCACCAUUUGUCUGUCGGUGUUGCCUGAUUAAAAGCAGUGUCUGUGUUUCCUUUCCGUUCUCUGUUCACGUGCUGUUGCUGCCCUGCAGCCGCCAUUCGCUGGGUCCCUCGGUUCCCUUUGGGGUCAGGGUGCCCCCAGGCGAGGCAGUGCUGCAGGACCCCCAGGCUGAGGAGCAGCAGAGCUGCGUUCAUGGAGGUGAAGCUGUCUGUGCUCCUGUGCCGGUGUCUCAGCUUGCAUGCCCCGCUGCCUUGUUUUGAGAUGAAUCCAAGAGCAAACCAAGCAAACCGACCUGUUUUAAGAACGGAACAAACAAUCAAAUAGAAACAAACCCAGGAACUUUGUGGCGGUGGAAAUAAAAGCUUCAUGAUGGUA